GUUGACGAUAGCACUGUCCGCAAGCUUUUUGUUUCAACUCUUCUCGCCGUCUCGUUGCAUCGCCUGGGUCAGAAAGUGGGUCACUCCAUUCACUGAUGUGUGCCUGAUUAUCACAGGCAAAAGUUUCUUCGGCAAAUUCUCACCCGGUUACUUUUCGGCAUCAUUAGUGGAGUAUACACCUCCCUCCUCCCGAAAUCGGUUUCCCGUGAAGAACUGACUUGUUUUAACUGCAGCCCUUUUGAUGGAAUGCUUUCUGCUUGAACUUUUCGGACAGGUUGAAGUCUCGAUUUUGGCUUUUUUAGAGGAAACGUGAAAUUCGUGUUGAGGGGGCUGAGGAGAUGAGGUGCUUUUGGGAACUCACUCGGUUUCUCUUGGUGUUGUACCUCAUCUGCUGUCCUGGGGAAGGGGCGAAAGGCGGAGAUGGGAACGAACAAGCCAGCCGUCCCAGGAGGAAGGGGAAAGGAAAAUUGUUGCCGAAUAAAGGAGUUCUGACCACCAGGGAGGGCCAUGAGUGUUCCUGGGAGGUGCAGGGGCAGGAAGAGUCCACCCUCCAGCUGAGCUGCACGUACCAAGGCAACAGUUACUGGUGUCAGUAUAGCGGCACGCCGCACAGCUGCCUCGCCUAUAACAGCAGGGCGGCCCAGUACUGGAAACAGGUCCUCAGUAAAGUCAAGAGGAAAAGACACGUCUGUCAGGGAGAUGCCACCUUAAAGGCGAGGGUCUGCAAGCAGGGGCCGCCAGAAUCGCAGCUAAAACUGAAGGGCAAGAGCCCCGAUCCGGGCAGGAGAAAGGACAAGGUUCAUUUCAGAGGGACUGGGCGCCUGAAGGAGCAGAGUGCAGGGUUGGAGCAGGCUGAGCCCACUCAGAAAGCCCGGAAAAAGACCAGCAACAAAUCCAAAGCGUCGGAUUCUGUCAGGGGCGAGGAGCCGAGCUCACUGAGUGAGAUGAAUGAUGACCAUCCCGAUUUGCAAGGAGACCUCUCUCAGGUUUACUGCGCUCAGAAAUGGCAUUCCCUCUGCUCCUUCUUCGUCGGACUGUGGAAUGGCUAGUUAGAGACUUUCUCUGACAGCAUAGCGAGACAGGUUUAGGUACAUCCAUCCAGCACCCCCCCACCCCUUCUCGCCUGUGUAACUGAGAUCUCCUUUAAUACUAAACAGAGCCGACUAAACAGAACCACUGCUGAAUUAGAACUGUUUUUUUUACGUACUAAACAGACUCACAUUGUCGAGUGAAACGCUGUGAACGCUAUCUCUGUUAAUUUAACAUUUCAAUAACUUGUUUGUUGCAUUGUAUUUUUUUUUAACUCGACCCUGUAAGACACAACAUUAAAGUCAGAGAAACCUG